AUGCGAAUCAUCAAGCCAAACACGGAUAAAGAAAAAAUGACAAAAUCCAUGGAUUUCAUCAAUCAAGCAGUUCAACGAUAUUUAGAAGACUUGGACGAACUCCAAAAACAAAUGCACGAAGCAUUCUUGGAAGAAUUUGGAAAAAAUGGAAUGCUCGAUAUGAAUUCUCAAGCAAAAUUUGCAAGGUUGACUUCGAAAUUCAGUCAUUUUCACGCAAAAGGCGAUCUUCGAAAGCUUCCAAAAACAUUGGAAAUCGCAUAUGAUUUAUGGCAAAAACAUAAAAGCGAGAUUUUGAUAAUGAAUUCGGAAGAAAGGAGAAAAUUGGGACGGGCUCCUACGCGACUCGCCUUUGUUUAUUUAUUCAAUGGCGAAUUCAUCAAAGCUCUCGCAUUAAUCUUGGAUUACUGUGAAAUUGUUAAAGAAGAUAUUUCUGCAAAGGAAGUCGCCUUAAAAUGGUUGCUAUAUUUGGGAGAGACGGAAUUAGCCGAGCAAAAAUUGCACAAUUGGGAAUCUCGAUUAUCACAAGAGAUGGUGAAACUUAUUCAAAAAUACAUAGGUUUUGUCAAAAAUCGGGAUCAGCGAGCUGAAAUGGUUCAAAAAUUGCUGAAAAUUGUCGAGGAGAUCAAGGAGAUUGGGUUGAAAAAGAAAAGUUUUCAGUCGUAUGAGCAUAUUUCGAUGGCAUCGUGGAUGUUGUCGACUUUGGCGAGUUCGUCGUUGAUUUCAGGAGUACAGGUAAAUAACUUGAUUGAUUUGUGCAGUGUUUGCAAAACUUUAGGAUUUUCCAAUCCAAAUUUUCUUUGUUUUUUUCAGUUUCCCGAUAAAACGUCGCAAUUAUCCGACGCUUCUGGAAAAGCCGACUCAAUUAUUCGCAACAAAAUCGACGGUCUCAGCCCAUUUCAGUUCGAAAAUACGAGAAGCGCAAGUUUGCUGGAAUAUUUGGAACCAAAGUCGGGAAGUCGAUCAGCGACCGAGUAUUGUAAGCAUUUUUGGGUGGGAGAAGAGAAAAAUAUGAGAAUGGCUUGAUUUUCGCUGAAAUUAUAUGAAAAAUCAUACUGAAUUCAGAGAAAAAUACCCUGAAAUACUUUAAAUUCCACGAAAAGUAUUCAAAUGUUUCCCAAAAUAUAUUUUGUUUGCAGUGUCUGUUGGUUCAUCAAUAGCUUGGAUGUUUGAAUUGCGAAAAGAUCUGACUUUAUCCUACAUCAAUUCAGCUCAAUCACGCGAAGCAAUGUCAGCAUUGAUUGUGAAUUGGAGAAUUGCGCUCAAGUCUGGAUGCUUUUUGAGAAUUUUGCAAAGCGUCAAUCUAACACAAUAUUAUUGGAAUGUUAUAAAUGAUGGAGAUUCGGUGAAUUAUCGAUCGAUUUUGGCGGCGACAAGUGUGAAUAUGCUAUCGGUGAGUGGAGAAAAAAUGUUGGAUUUUUAUCAACGAAAAAACAUGGAAAAAUAGUGAAAAUGGGAUUUUCAAGGAAAUUUUUGAAAAAAAAAAAUCUAUAACCAAAAACUAUUGUAGCCAUCAAUAUUUUAUGAAACAUCAGAGUUUUUACUCAAUAAAUCCGCGAUUUUUUUACAGCCGGACGCCAUGAUUGUUCGUUGUUCAACACCGAUAAAUGAGGAAAAUCAGACCAAGAAGAAGGAUGAAACAAUGAUGUUGACUGAAGGAAUCAGCGAUUUGAGCAUGUGAGUUUUUUAAGAGGAAAUAAGGCCAAAAUCUCUUUUCAUCUAAAAAUUUGAAAAUUUAAAGCGUGAAUUGCUAGUUUUUCCCAAGAUUUCUUCCCAAAAACGUGUAAUUCUCUCAUUUUUUGCAGUGCCGGUUCAUCUCCGCUUCAUCAAAUUUCAAAAACAUGUUAUUGUUUCACUUGUGCUAUGUAUUCAUCCAGUUCCAAUUUUGCUUCGGAAUAUCAAUUCGCUUCAAUGAUUUAUUUCAAUUUCAAUCAACAAGCAAUGAGCGAAUUUGAGAAGAUCUUUAUCAAAAUUCGUGAAAAUACGAUGAAAUAUCAGUGUAUUUUGCAUGGAGAUGAGAAAAUUCGACCGCGACCUCCACUUAAUCUCAAUAUUAUUUUUGGAAUUUCAGCCAUUCGAUGGUUGACUCUGAAAAUCGAGGGAAAAGAAAAAUAUGAUGGUCCUGCAUCGAAAAAAAUCGUGGAAAGUGCGCUGAAAAUUGUGAGAUAUGUGCCAAGUCGAACAAAGGAGCUAUUUCUCACUAUUUCUCAAUUAUAUCGACAAAUUGAACACCCGCAAAAUAUGAAUUUAUCAUGGAUGCAACCGAUUGAUAAUCGACCAUUCCUGAAAAUGUCAAUUGAAUCAGCUUGUGAUAUUUUUCGAGCUGUUUCACCGUUUGGAAAAAGCAAGAAAAUUGCAUUUGAUUUUGAAGAAAAUGGAAAUGGAGAAGAAUUGGAUGUGAAGAAUCGAUUGAAGAAGGAAUUGAGUUAUGAUAUGAAUCGAUUCAAUCAUACUCUUUAUCGGUGAGGAAUUCGGGACACAUUCGGGAUUUCCCGGUGAAAAUUGGUGACAAAUUUAUCGUUUUCCUCGAAAUUCUGUGUGAAAUUUGAUUUGAAAGCAGUUAUUUCAGGGAAAAAUUUCUUAAAGACACAUCAGCCACUGGAAAAAACAGAUAUCCCGCAUUUAUUUUCAAAUGACAAAAACAGCAUGUGCGCUCUAUUGCUUCGUUGUUUGCAAACUCUUUCGAAAAUCCCGUCGGCUGAGCGAUUUCAAAAACAAUUAUUUUGUUUUUUUCACUUUUGACAGACGCAAAAUUUUUUCUUGAUUUUUAUGAAUUUCGAUUACUUGAAAGGUGUUAUGAAAGAAUAACAAACUCAUUUUCUGUUCAUUUCUAGCGGAUUGUGUGUCUUUAAGUUUAGGAAUUUUUGAUAGAUUUUUUCGGUCCAACAUAUUUCAAAUUUCUUUAUUCUUUGUUAGAAAAAAUUAUCUGGAAACCAGACCGUUUGAAAUUUAAUUAAAAAGUUGAAUAUUUUUGAGGGGCUUUUGAAGUUCAAAAAUGAUAUUCAGUUCAAGAUUUGAACUGAUUGUCAUCAGAAUUAUUUUAAAUUUCAUAAUUUUUCAAAAAUUUCACCCAGAAAACCUAAAAAGUUUGGUGAAAUUUGAUCAAUUUUUAAUUUAAAUUGAACCCAAGAAAUUUCAAAUAGUAUUUGAUUAUUAUACUAUUUGGGUAAUACUAUAAAAUCUCUAGCCUCUCUCUCCAAAGUUCCUCUCUUCAAGUUUUUAUUUUUUCUAGAGAAUGGCGUUCCCAAUUGUUUACAUACAUUGGUCGAACAACUUCUGAUCAAUGGGAAGCUGCAUACAGUUGGAUCGAAUCAACAUCAAUCGGAACUCGCAAUUCACUUCAACAAAAAAUAGGUCAAACUGGAAGUGUGACAAUUGAAAGUCCUCAAUUAUUCCGAAAAUGUGUCGAAAAAAUGGCGAAUGAAAUGACUGUUGUGCAAAUUGCGAGAGCUGAUGAUGGCAAUAUUUAUUUGAUCAAAUUACAUUCGGAUCGAACUCCAAUAAUUAUGCCAAUUGCACAUGAAACUAAAAUGAUGGAAAUGAUGAAGAAGUUUCAGCAUUUGUUGAUGGAAGAUGAGAGGAUUUCGAAGAAUCCCGGAAAUCGAACAGCUGAACAAUUUUGGGAGACAAGAAAAGCAAUUGAUGCGCGGAUGAAGGUUGGAUAUUUGGGAAUCGGGGGAUUUAGGGACAAUUCGGGGUUUCUAAUCCAGAAAUAUUGAUCCUAAACCACACUGUAGUUUAUUUUUCUAAAUUACAAAUAGAGUCUAGUUUUGACUUCAAACUAGAAAUUUUUAGCAAUCAAACUAGAUUUUUUAGUCAUAAAAAUUUACUGUUUCAAUAUAUUUUCAAAAUUUUUCCGAUCAAAUUCAUAUUUGUUCAACUGAUAGAAUUUUAUUUUUAGAUUUUCGUGCAUCGCAAAUUCUAGCCUAAUAAUACCUUGAAUUUUUUCAGUCGCUGGUCGAUGAAAUCCAGAAAAAUUUCUUGGGUUGUGCAGCUGCACUCCUUCUUCCUUCUACAAAACUCGGUCGAAAAUGUUUGGAAAAUGCGGCUCGAUAUGAGAAAUGCACAAAAGGAGCGAUUCGAAUUGGAGAGGCUAAAGAACUCAUUUAUUUGACAACAAAAAUGACGGAAAACGAGUGGAAGGAAUUGUUGGAUAGAUUUGGAGAAAUGCGAAAAAUUGGAGAAAAAGAGAUGAAUAUGUUGAAAUCAAGUUAUCAUGUGUGAGUUUUUGAAAAGGGAAUUCGGAAUGAAAAUUUAGAAUUUUGAGGUUCCAAAAAUUAUAUAAAUAAAAUACUGAAUAAUUCAGUGGAUUCCACUGCACUUUUGCAUCAAAAAUAACCGAAAUAAUUUUGCAGCUGCCUCAAUUCGGUGAAAAACGAUGGAAUUUCUUCAUCCUCAUCGAUUUCCCAACAAAACAACUACAGUUAUCUAAAUAUUUGCCCAGAAUUGGCACAAUUUUGUUGGGAAAAGCUUCCAAUUUUCUCGAAUCAUCCAUAUGUUUGUCGUGUUAUCUCUAUUCAUGCAUUAUUCUGUCAAUUGGAAACACUUCGCGAUUCGAACAAAGAAGUUCCGCUGCAAAUCGACGUGCAAAAAGCGUAUUAUGUGCUGGAUCCGGAGAAUAAUUUGGGAGAGACAAAAAAGCGAAUGAUGGAAUAUAUCAAGAAAUUCCAAUGGGAAGGAACGGUUGGAGCGGCACCGAAUCAAAGUGAAGUUGUUGGAGCAUUGGAGAAUAAAGAUGCGUUUUUGUAAGUGAUUUGAGGGGAUUUUUGAAGGGAAAAAUGAUAAAUUUGUAAGAUUUUUGAACUGGACAUCGGAAAUUUUGAUAAAAUUCGAAAUUAUUCACGGAAUCCUGUUAUGUUUCUAACUGAAAUAAGCGAUUGUUGAAAAUUCAUGAAUUUCAAUUAGAAAACAAGCUAGAAAUGUCUGAAAACACGAUAAAUAAUGUUACAAUUGCGAUCUGAAAUUAUAACUAAAAGAGGCUGAAAAUUGAGUUUUUGAAAAUGAAAUCCUCUGAAAAUUCUAUGGAGAAAGUUUCGAGAUCAAUUUUUGAUGAAAAAUCCAAUUUCAAAAUAUUUUUUGCAGCUAUUUCGGACACGGAUCUGGUUCAAAACAUGUCACCCGCCAAACUAUCAAACAAAGCAAAUGCAAUGCAAUAAGUUUAUUGAUGGGUUGCGGAAGUGUUAAAACUGUUCCGCAAGGAAUUGGAUUUGACGGAAAAAGUGUGUUACAAGAUUAUGUGGUAGCGAAAUGCCCGCUUGUUGUUGGGUAAGUUGGACCAUUGGGGCCUGUUUUGGGAAAAUUGCGGUUUUUUUAAAGUUGGAAUAUAGUUUUAAGCGCUAAAAUUACAGUAGUUUUGACACGUGGUCCCGUAUUUAACGCCAAAGAAGUUAUCAAAAAAAGUUUCCCAAAAUCGUGAAUUUCCGAAUUUCUUAUAGAAAGUUACAAUAUUGCUAUUUAUAUGGCAGUAUUAUUUUAAAGUUCACAAAUUUCGUGAAAAAAAACUGAAAAUUUUGAAUUUUCAAACUGAAGAUACAUGAAUUUCUAAAAUUUUCAUUUUCAAAACAAAAUUUAAAACAUGAUCUAGAAUUUGGAAAAAGCCAGAAAAAACUUCAAUCCAAAAUCUCAGUCUUAAUUUUUGUAGAUGUCUGUGGACUGUAACUGAUGGAGAAAUCGAUCGAUAUUUGAUGAGUAUGGUGGAUGAUUGUUUUGUUCGAAAAUGUGAAGGAAAAGAAGGAAUAGAUAAAUUGCGACAAUUAUCCGAAGCCAUGGAAACGGCGAAAUCGAAAUCGAAAUUAAAGUUUUUGACGGGCGCCUCUGUGGUUAUGUAUGGUUUUCCGAUUGUUUCGAAACCGGAAAGUGUAAUUAGUUCGAAAUCGGAUGAAAUGAGAGUGGCUCAGACUAUUGAUGGAUAUAAUCGAAAAGGUGAGGAUUUUUUGAUGCUUUAGUUAUUGAUUUGGAUUUCUCACCACCAAAUAUGGUGUUGGGAUAAUUUUUAAGUUUUUUCGCUCUUCGCAUUGCCCAGAUUAUACCCCUCCAGCCGCUCGUCAUUGAGCGGCUUGAAGCGGCUCACGAGCCGAGCGAGCCGCUCGCUCGAGCGCCUAAGCCGCUCGAGCCAACGAGCGGCUUGAAUGGCUUGAGCCGCUGAGCGGCUAGAGCCAUUUGAGCCGCUCGCUCGCUAAGCCGCUCGAGCAUGGAGCCGCUCGAGCGCCUCAGCGGCUUAGGCGCUCGAGCCACCAAGCCGCUCAAGCCGCUGAGGCGCUCGAGCGGCUCGCUCCAUUUUCAAAAAAAAAUUUUUUUUCUAUACGAAAAUUGUGAAACAGUGGUUUUUUUCAUAAUUUUUGGGUACUUCGAAAAUGAAAUAUUUGUAUUGGGACAUGGUCCUUGGGUCAUGAAAAAAUUUUUUUUAAUUUGAAAAAAAAGUGGGCGGGGCUUAUUUUUCAGUUUAGAGCUGAAAACACUAAAAAAUUCAAAAUUUACCAAAAACUUUCUGGUUUUUUUCUAGAUGAUUUUUUAAUGCUUUUGAUGAUGAAAAACACUUCAAAUUUUCAGAUAGCUGACAAUUUUCAGCUUUUUCCGGCUUGAAAUAUCAAAAAAAUAAACACAUAAUUGCAGAUUUUCGAUAAAAAAUAGCUGAAAAUCGUCAGUUAUCUGAGAAUUUUGUGUGUUUUUUAUCGUCAAAAACAUUCAAAAAUAAACUAGAAGUCAUCUGAAAAAAACCAGAAAGUUUUUAGUAAAUUUUGAAUUUUUUGAUUUUUUAGUGUUUUCAGCUUUAAACUGAAAAAUAAGCCCCGCCCACUUUUUUUUCAAAUUAAAAAAAAUUUUUCAUGACCCAAGGACCAUGUCCCAAUACAAAUAUUUCAUUUUCGAAGUACCCAAAAAUUAUGAAAAAAACCACUGUUUCACAAUUUUCGUAUAGAAAAAAAUUUUUUUUUGAAAAUGGAGCGAGCCGCUCGAGCCGCUCGAGCGGCUCGCUCGCUCGAGCGCCUCAGCGGCUUGAGCGGCUUGGUGGCUCGAGCGCCUAAGCCGCUGAGGCGCUCGAGCGGCUCCAUGCUCGAGCGGCUUAGCGAGCGAGCGGCUCAAAUGGCUCUAGCCGCUCAGCGGCUCAAGCCAUUCAAGCCGCUCGUUGGCUCGAGCGGCUUAGGCGCUCAGAAGCUCGAGCGAGCGCCUCGGUUUGAGCGGCUAAGCGAGCGGCUGGAGGGGUAUAGCCCAGAUUAUACCUAAGUUUGCGUUCUUUAUGGUUAUUUGUUAAUGCACCACGUGGAUUUCUUGAGCAUUGCUCAGAAUAUAGGAGAAAAAACGAAAUUUUCAGCCGGAAAAAUUCCACGUGGCAAUCAUAAUCUACCAAAUUCUCAAUUUGUUUAUUUUUUUGUAGCCUUGUCCUCAAUCAAUCUGCCACAACAAUUUUCGGAAUUUCCGAUUUCACCACUUCCAUCAAAUGCACCACCACAAAGUUUGUCUGAUUCGACUGCUUCUGCUGCCAAGUCACCAAAAUUUGUUCCACGAAGACUACGCCAAAUUCCUUCGGCUGAAACAUUGCCAACUUCCUCUUCUUCAGCAACUCCAACUCGAGUUUUGAGAAGUACAAAAAAAUAA